AUGGCCCUCAACCCUCAUCAAAAAAAGAAAGUAGACAUCAGUGCCAUGUCCGAGGAAGAACAGAAACUCUUCCGUCUUUACGGCAAACUUCCCCCGAAGAAAAACGUUGCCAAGCACAAUCUAAUGGAGCGUAAAUAUUUCGAUUCCGGAGAUUACGCCUUAUCGAAAGCCGGUAAAACGGCCCCUCAAUCGGUCGGCACAACGAUACCUUCUCCUGAAAAUAUCCAUCAUGCCACCCAUUCGACUAUCUCCACUCCUACUACAGCCCAACAUCCGGUCAUGAAUCACCCGAAUGCGGAGUGCAAUCCUGCGAAUGCUGGGGUAUUGCCGAAGCACGGGGCGGAUGGCGCGGUCUUGGAAUCGAUCGACAACGCUAUCGUCACUGAUGCGAGCGUCCACCCAUCAGCCGAACAAUCAAUUGAGCCCACCCAGCCGACCGAUUUACAGCCCAGCGUCUAA